GUAAUAUUCUCUCACAUGAAGCUUUGCAUGUGAUGGGUCUAAUUCUUGACCCAUAAACUCUCCAGGACAUUGUCGUGCCAAUUUCCCAUUCAAAAAGCAAUCUUGAGGAAUGCAAUUAUUGUUUUUUGUGUGUUUAUCUGAGCAUUCUUCAGAAUCUGCAACACAACCUUGUCUUUAUUAGAAGAUUCCCAGACGAUAAUCUCACUGAAGACUACCAAAUAACAAUUGUUUAUCUGAUUUCCAUCUUUUUUUCGGGGGAAAGAAAAAAUGAAAGCUCAACAGAAUAUCACGGGACUGAAACUUUUUAGAUACUUGUCAUUUUUCUCCAUUUAGUGCGUGCUGAUGCAGAAUCUCAGAUUGUUCAUUUCUCAUUUGCCUCACCAUUUCACAAAAACCCCUCUUCUUCACUCUGUUUAAAAGGGAAUUUCAUGACCCAGAAGAGCCUGGAUAUGAAACCCAUGGCUUCUGCAUCACUCUGUGAAAACCCAGAAGCCGAGGUUGAAGAAGAAGAAGAAGAAGAAGACGAAAGCUUGCUUUUUGCCAAGUCUCUUCAGGAACUUAGAGGACUUCAAUCUCAGCUUCGUGAUGCUGCAGAUAUCUGUGAAGCGACAUUCUCAGAGAGCAAAGAAAAAAAAGAAUUGCUGGAGAACACAAAAGAAUACCUAUGCAGGGCUGUGGUAACUGUUGUUGAUCAUCUUGGAAAUGUCUCAGCUAAUCUCGAAUCACUUAUUUCUCAAACUAACGCGUUUUCCGAGGCUGAGUUACGCAUCAACUGCCUCAAACAAAGACUGCUUUCAUGUGAUCAAUAUGCUCAUAGGCUUGCUCUCACCAAGUUGCAGUGGAGUGAGAAUUUGCCAAGAUUCCAUUCACGUUACUUAUCAUCAUUAACAACCUUUGAGAGGUCCGGCAGUGAAAAAUUCAGGGACUCAGAUAGUAAAGCUCCUCCAAAAAUUAAAGAUAUUGUGCUUGAGGAGGAGGAUUUGCCACUUUUUAUGUACACCCAGAAGCCAUGUCCAAACUUUAAGUUAACCACUGCUACUGAUAAGGGGCAUACCAACUUGCCCUUAGAUAUGGUACCUGUUCAGGACGCAAUGACGGUCUUAACAAAAGUCCCAAAUCAAACAUUUCAUUUCCAAGUGAACCAGAAACCUGGACGCCAAAGAAAAUCAUUGCGUGGCAGUGACAUGUUAUGGCUCAUACGGCCCAGAAAGCAUUCACAGUAAUUAAGCUGGAGAACCUAUUUCUUCAUCUUCUGGUCCUGUGUGUGUUUUUAUGGUGAUGUCUCUUUAGUGAGGCGCUUUUCAAGGUUGUAACUUCUGUAAUUAUGAUAGGAAAGAUCUCCAUGAUACAGAGGGAUUUGGAUUUAGCAUAUCAGACUGUUCAUAUUCAGUGAACUUGAAAUUUUUUUAAAAA